AUGCACUUUAGUACGGAAGACGAGGUACAAGCCGUCGUGAUUGACAAUGGGUCUGGUAUGUGCAAAGCUGGAUUUGCAGGCGAUGACGCGCCACGGGCUGUGUACCCUUCGAUUGUAGGCAUGCCAAAGCAUUUGGGGAUCAUGGUAGGCAUGAACCAGAAAGACGCUUACAUUGGCGAUGAAGCGCAAGCGAAACGUGGUGUGUUGACGUUGCGGUACCCGAUUGAGCACGGUAUUGUUACAAAUUGGGACGACAUGGAAAAAAUAUGGAGUCACACGUUCUUUAAUGAACUUCGUAUCGCACCCGAAGAGCAUCCAGUGCUUCUCACGGAAGCUCCGUUGAACCCAAAAGCGAAUCGAGAACGCAUGACGCAAAUUAUGUUUGAGACUUUUAACGUGCCGGCCAUGUACGUAAACAUUCAAGCGGUGCUGUCGUUGUACGCGUCUGGCCGGACCACGGGUUGCGUGCUUGACUCUGGUGACGGCGUCUCGCACACCGUGCCUAUCUACGAAGGAUACGCGUUGCCACAUGCGAUUGUGCGCCUCGAUCUAGCUGGUCGUGAUCUGACGGAUUACAUGAUGAAAAUUCUGACCGAACGUGGCUACUCGUUCACAACGACCGCGGAGCGCGAGAUCGUGCGAGAUAUCAAGGAGAGAUUGACGUACGUGGCCAUGGAUUUCGACCGGGAGAUGCAAAAAGCGGCUCAGUCGUCUGCGCUCGAAAAGACGUACGAGCUACCUGAUGGCAAUGUGAUUGUCAUUGGUAGCGAGCGCUUCCGGACGCCUGAAGUGCUCUUUGAUCCGUCCAUGAUUGGCCGAGAGUGCUCGGGUGUGCACGAGUGUGCGUUCCAGACAAUCAUGAAGUGCGACGUUGAUAUCCGGCGGGACUUGUACAACAACGUGGUGUUAUCAGGGGGGUCAACGAUGUUUCCGGGGAUUGGCGAGCGCAUGACCAAGGAGAUGGCCACACUAGCGCCGGCAGCGAUGAAAGUCAAGAUUAUUACGCCACCUGAGCGCAAGUACUCGGUCUGGAUCGGAGGCUCUAUCCUGGCAUCACUAGCUACCUUUCAGCAAAUGUGGAUCUCCAAGACCGAAUAUGACGAGUCGGGACCAUCUAUUGUCCACCGCAAAUGCUUCUGA